AUGGGGAUGCGGUUGCAGCCUCGGUGUCUGCAGCUGGACUCCGUACUGCAGACAGUGAGUGUCCUGGAGGCAGUGAUCCGGAGGAGCUUUGGUCCUGAUGGAGGACAGGUGCUGUUCACACGGGACACGGGGCAAACUCUGCUGACACGCCACGGAACACGCAUCCUCACAGCCCUGCGGGUGGAACACCCGCUGGCCAGGAUGGUGGUGGAGUGUGUGAGGAGACACAGCUCGGUGACAGGAGAUGGCUCCAAGACCUUCGUCCUGCUGCUCGCCUCAUUGCUACGGGAGAUACAGAAACACACCCGAAAAGCCCGCCAGGAAGGCGCAGGCGCCAAGCGUUUGGCUGAAGCUCUGUUGGCCUUCGGAUUGGACGAGCUCAGUGAUGUCAUCACUGUUGCAGUGGCUCCACAUGGCUCCUCCCUUUCUGACCCACACACCCCAGGACAAACAGACACACACACUCUGUGCCGCCUACUCAGUGCUUUCCUUCACACCCGGAUCAGCCCUACUCAUGCUGAAAUCAUCAGCCAACUGACCUGUGAGCUGCUCUCGCAUUGGAGCUGCCAUGGCGACUUCAUUAACGAACACUUCCCUGCUCUGCACACAGCAGUAUCAGGCUUCCCUAUUGGCUGUUCCCGUCUGCUGGAGGGCCAGGUCAUACAUGCAGAUUUCUCUACACCCCUCCCACUCCGCGACCAUGGACCAAUCAGGGCCCUAGCGGUGACGGAACCCCUAGAACCCAGCCUGCUGAUUGGUGGAACUGUGCUAGAGCUGGGUGGGGCUAAUAGAGAGAUAGAAAGUGUGUGUGUGAGAUUAGGGAGGAGGUUAGACAGUGUGUGUGUCAUUCUACAGCAUCUAGGAGUGUCUCUGCUCCUCUCAUCAGUCAGACAGUCGGAGGCCUUCCUGGCUGCAGUGGGGAGGUAUGGGGUGUGUGUGUUAGAGUGUGUGUGUGAAGACGACCUCACCUUGUUCUCUGUGCUCAGUGGAGCCCAACCUGUCUCAGACUGGGCUGUGAUUGGACAGGAACACGUUGCUACGAUUACCUUCUGCCGGCCGCUGGUGCUGGGAUCUCACAGGUUCGUCAAUGUGGGGUUUCCUAAGGCAGAGGACAGGGGCAGACCCCACAGUCUGGUUGUGUGUGGACUGACCGAGGGCCAGACGGAACAGAGUGUGUGUGCAGUACGAGAUGCUCUACACAUGCUGCAUACUACCUGGGGCCCCAAACACAGGACUAGAGCUACAGAGAGAACGACACCCACAGACGUGAUGGAGCCUUGUUGUGUCAUUUCCGUGGGCGGGACUUUUGAGUUCCUGUUACACCACACACUUCUACAGCGCAAACACGGGCACACACACUCUGUCACACACAGGCACACACACACUCCGUCACACACAGACACGCACACUCUGUCACACACAGACACGCACACUCUGUCACACACAGACACGCACACUCUGUCACACACAGCAGAGGCCCUACUGAGUGUGCCCAGACAGAUCUACUCCCACAAUCCUCGGCACUACCUGGAGGCUCACGCACACACUCUCAGUUGCAUGCGUAACCAUGGUAACUCUACGGACCCGCCGGAAAUUAGUGCUGUUCUGGCAGCGGAUGGUUCUAAUAUGGUCCAGGCUGACACUGGAUGGGUGGUUGUCAUGGAUACCUGGGUCACAUGCGUGGGUUUCCUGAAGCCAGCAGCAAAAUGA